GAGCACGCUAAAGGAGGCUACCGUAAAUCGGGAGGCAUUCUUCUCUUCCGGCUUGUCGUCUUCAGCGCGUAUCGGUGGGAAUCCGUCCGGCGCUGCCUGGUUGUGACCUCGCUCCGACCGCCAUGGCCGCUAGGGUUUUCUGGUCACUAAUCGCGCUCCUCCUCAUCGCGUCUCCGAUCCUCCAAGUAGUUAUAUGCCAGUCUGAUGAGGUUGUUGCUGCAACUGAAGUUGUUGAAGGAAGUGAUCUGGGGAUAGUUGGUGAUGAUACCCAAGUUUUUGGUGAUGGAGCCUUUGGUCCAGCUCCUGGAGUAGAUACUAUAUGUGUAUUUCCAAAGAACACUGCCAGAUUGGUACCAGCAGGAGAGGAGACUGAGCUACUGGUUGGCUUACAUAAUGAGGGUGAAUCAGCUUUAACAGUGGUUGGCAUACAUGCUAGCCUUCAUCUUCCAUUUGAUCAUCACAUGUUUGUGCAGAAUCUUACUCUGCAGGAGUUCUAUAAUGCAUCAGUUCCUGUUUCUGCUCAAGCUACCUUCCCUUAUGUAUUUGUUGUCAGCAAAUACUUACAGCCUGGCACGUUUGACUUGGUGGGAACAAUAGUCUAUGAGAUUGAUCAGCAACCAUAUCAGAAUGUUUUCUAUAAUGGUACCAUCGAAGUUAUUGAGGCUGGAGGUUUUCUAAGCAUUGAAUCAGUCUUUCUUGUGACCCUUGGAGUGGCUCUUAUUGGCUUUCUGGGACUGUGGGCAUAUGGUCAAAUUCAACAAUUCUCAAAGAAAACAAAGAAACCUGCAAAGGUGGAAGUCGGCACUGGAACAACAGCUGCUGACAUGGACGAGUGGUUGCAGGGAACUGCUUAUGCUCAAUCAUUGUCAAGCAAAUCAAAGAAAAAAAAGUAGAUGACAGCAUACUUCUCGGUGGUGUGUAUCCUUGUAUCGGUCGGCCUUCAGGAGGAGUAGGAUAUGAGGCAGAUUCUGACAAAUUAACUUUUUCUGAUUCAGGAAGAGAUAUGGGAUACAUGAAACAGUUCUGUAUGGUGUUGCGGCAUCCCGUAUCGGUAUCUGAUUCCUAGCUUCUAUGGAAGGAGUGUUUAGAACUCUCAAUUUUGGCUGAAACUAUUUGGUGGUCACUUUUUGAUUGUUGUUGAGAUGAAGUGCUAGUGAUACUUGCUGAAAUCAGUUACAUGAACACUGCUGUACCUUAUUCAUACGUGAAUUCUACAUAUUUAAUUGUUCUUCGACUACAAUGCAUCUCUUGGUUCGUGUUCCUA